AUGAAGUACCAAUUCGUUGCCGCUGUUAUCCUCGCUGUUCCUGCUCUUGCUGCUGACACCGACAAUCCAUAUGCUACCUACCCUCAAGUUCCAAAGACUGCUUCCAUCAAUGGUUUUGCUGACAGAAUUUACGCUGACACACCUGAAUGUGCCCAAUCCUGUUUAAGAGAAACUACUGGAAACACCCCAUGUCCAUACUGGGACACUGGGUGUUUGUGUGUUAUGCCACAAUUCGGUGGUCCCGUUGCUGAGUGUAUUGCUUCUAAAUGUAAGGGUAAUGAUGUUCAAGGCGCUACCAGUUUGGCCGUUUCCCAAUGUCAGUCCGCUGGUGCACCAUCCCCAUACUGGUUUAUUCCUGGUUCAGCUUCCGAUGACUUAUCGAAGGCUGCUGCUGCUCAAGCUACCACAACUUCUGAUGCUCCAGAAUCUACUUCUGCCCCAGCUACCACCUCUUCUUCUCAGCCAGAAGAGACUACCAGCGCCGCUGAAGAAUCUACUUCUGCUCCAGAAACUACUCCUGCUCCUUCUUCUGCUGCCGAAUCCUCUGCUGCUGAAUCCUCUGCUGCUGCCGAAUCCUCUGCUGCCGAAUCCUCUGCUGCUGCUUCUUCUGCUGCUGCUGAGUCCUCUGCUGCUGCCGAAUCCUCUGCUGCUGCCUCCUCUGGUGCUAAGGCCUCUUCUGCUGCUUCAUCUUCUGCUGCUGCUUCCUCUACCGCUUCGGUUACCCAAGCCGGUCAAGGUGCUAGUAACGUGCCUGCUUUAGCUGGCUCUGUUGCUGCUAUCUUUGCCGUUAUUGCCAUUGAACGGUAUCAAUUGACCCCCAAAACUCAUCAACUCGUCGGAUUACCCCAGCCUCAUUCCGUACCAAACAUGUCGGAAACUGCCCAAGGCGACUCAGGAUUCGCCACCACCAUUUUGACAUCCAAAACACCCCAGCAGGCAGCCAACAUCUUGCCAAACAGUUUAGACGCAACCACCAAAUUGAUUGAUGAGAAACUCAUAAAUUGGUUCACCCAUUAUACUUCAGCCCUCAAAAGCCACAACCAAGUUCUUCAGAAGUUGCACGAUGAGGGUGCCCUGUUCUUUGCAGAGGAUCAUUUCGGAGAGUACGGUAACUUUCCUCGAAUCUGGAACUGCUUGUUGAGCUCUCUCCAAGUUGAACACGCCAACAACGAGAUUUUGUACAAGAGCUUGAAGCUCGACGUACUCGGUCCUUUGAGAGAUGUGGUUGAUAAGGAUGUCAGAUUGUCAGAAUUGUUGAUCAAUAGUCAGGAGCUUCAGGAAAUCAGCACCAAGUUGGCCCACCAUGACUCCAGUGCUGAAAUUGAAUGGAACUACAAGGCACCCCAAUCGUUUGCCAACCUCGAGAACUUCAAGGGCUUUGAGAUCCAAUUGUUGUUUGACGUCGUGUUGAACUAUUUCCAAUUCCACAGCACUAGAUUGACCAAGGAUUCAGAAAACAACGUGAACUCCACGAAUUAUCUCUUGAACAACUUUAAGUUGUCCAACGAGUUGAACCACUACUUAGAAUAUGUUGUAUCCACCAACUUUAAGGCCUCCAACGAGAACGGAUUUGUCAGACAGCAGCAGGAUCUUCAAAAGAAGCAACAGCAAAGCUACUCCAAGCAAAACAAGCGUCUCAGCAGCUUCUAUAAACCUGACAACCAAUCUGUUAUUUCGGGAGGUAGCAGCUCUACCUCCACCAAGAGGAGCUCCAAGAUCAAGUCCAAGGUUGGUUCAAUUUUUGGCCGUAAGUCAAAGGCCGAAAAGAAGGGCUUUUCUGCCGAUACAAUUCCAGAAACCGAGUCUGUCCAUACCACAACCUCCAGCCAGUUGCCUGCUGCCAGCGUGUUUACUCCUGGUCAAGACUUGAACCGGACUUCGUCUAUCUCAAGAACCAACUCUGUCAGAAGACCUUCGUCUGUGGACCUUUAUGGUGCCCCACAAGGCACACAGUCAGGACGUUCUCAGCAACAGUCCUCCAAGCAAGUCCAGCCUGAAUCAAGACAAUCGGAAUUUUCGGGUGUCAACUCAAACAGGGACGCCACGCCUGCCACUUCUGCUCCUCAGUCGUUCCCAUCUCCAAAAUACUAUACCAACCCUGCUGGCUCUGGCCAAACUUCGGCUCCACUUUCAUCAUCUAGUGCUCCGUUAAUUGCCAACAAAUCUAGUCCAGCUCCUGUCCAGGUCCAAGCACCACCACCAGCGCAACCUCUUGCUCCUGUUCAAGCACCUAUCAGAGCCCAAACCCCAGUGAGAGCUGAGAUUCAACCAGAAUCAGCCACCUUUGAGUCUCCAAAUGUCGUGCCAUACGACAGAUCCGAUUCGUCGUCCGACGAAGAAGGGCCAGAGGAGUUAGCUGCGAAUGGCCGUAGGUUAUCGAUGCUUCAAAGACACGAUUUGGCUCCUACUGAAGAACCAAGUCCAUUCAAGGAAGAACACCAGCCUCCUUCCAGACCCCCCAAGGUUCCAUCUUCCGUGGACCAAAAUCAAGGUGCCUUAGGCUCUUUGAACAGUGCUACUCCUGAGGUUCAGGCCCGUGGUGAUCCUCGUUUGGGCUUGCCAAGGUCAAGACAAAGCAGCUCUGGAAAGUACAGCUUUGAAGCUGGCGACGAAAAUGCUCCUAUCGAAACAAGCCCAAGACAAGCCCACGGCUUCCAGACAGGCCCAGAUCUUCCCGAACCACAAAUCGUCGACAGUUCUCCAGCCAAGGCCUCUCUGAGUGCUCCACCUCCACCUCCAUCCAGAAAAGUGGUCCACCACGAAGAGGAGGUCCAACAACCAGCCCAACCCAGAAACCGUAAGGACGUCCAAUCGCAACUUUUCCACAAUUUACCAAGUGCUCGUGAAUCGUUCAUUCAACCAUCCAACGGCUUUGGGAACUUGAACAACACUCCAGGUGCCUUGAUCUCGCAAAACACUGGAAGCUCUCUUUUGAAGAGCAACGACGUGUUCAAGCAUUUCGACAACAAACAGGCAGAACAUUCUGGUCUUAACUCGUCUGUUGCCGAGGUUGCCAACGUCACUUUCAAGGAUGGUAAGUUGAGCAAGUCUCAGAUCAUCGGAGAAAUUGCUUUCAACUAUAAUAGCAAAGAUGGUGAGGCUCCAGCGCAACCGAUUAUUCUCAAUAUUCCAAACCGUUUCGAAAAGACCAUUGUUAACAACACCUUCAUGAACCAAGUAGCCGAAAAUAAAUUCGAGGUCAACGCUUCGCAGGUUUUAUCCAAGACUUUGGGAGGGUUGAAGUACUUGGCCAAGUUGAAUGAGAGCCAGGUCCCUGUGCUUGUGCAACACGUGUGGAAGUAUGAGCCCCACCAGGCUAGUUUGAUGAUCAACUUGAAGUUGAACCCAUCCAUCAAGGGCAGGGUUGUUUUAAGCAACUUAUUGGUGUCCGUGGCGUUGAAUUUGGACGUCAAGACCACCUCUGCCUCUUCCAAGCCAACUGGAUCCUUUAACAAGGACAAAAAUAGAAUCACCUGGAGAUACACAAACCCUCUUGUAUUGGGAGAGGGUGCUGUGGAGGAGAGACUCAUUGCUAGAUUCCUCACCCAGGGCAUUGCUUCCGAACAUGAGUCCGGGGUGCAGCUCAAGUUCCAGAUCCACGACCCAUACCUCCAGAACACCGUUAUCUAUGACGGAGAAGGUAGCGAGAUCCCAGUGGUCAGAAACUUGAUCAGUGGAAACUACAGUGGCCAUACUGUCUAG